AUGGAUACAUGUCAAAUACUUGGUUCGUCAAAAUUUAAUUAUUCACAAUUAUCUGAACAAAUAUCGUUAAAAACCGGUGGUCUAAAUGUAUCCACACAUCUUGAUGAUAGUCCAUUUGAAAUUGAACAUUAUGAAGAGGGUAUUCUUUUAUCAUCCUAUUGUCUCGAUCGAAAUAUUGAUGCAAUGUUUGACUUAUGGGAAGAUAUACUAAUUAAUUUUACUAAACAAUUAAAUCAAAAUGAACGUUUACAAACAUUAAUAAAAGGUUUAGCAUCGAGUUAUGCGAAUAGUGUUGUUCAAUCUGGUCAUUCAUUUGCGGUAAUGAAUUCGAGUAGUCAUCAUGGUCUUGUUGAAAAAUUAAGUGAAAAUUUAUUUGGUUUAACACAAGUCAAUCGAAUGCAAACAAUUGCUCGAAUGGAUAAUUAUGAAUCACUUGUUGAAAAAUUACAUCAGAUAGCGACACAUACACUCAGAAAAAUAUCAAUGAGAUGUUCAUUUAAUGCUGAAUCCGAUGCUUUAAAUACAAGUACUAAACGAUUAGAAACAUUUCUUGAACAUUUACCGGGUGAUCAACCAAAUAAACUAUAUAAAACACAUUUUGAAGAUGCAUCAUUAAUUAUAAAAAAUGAUUUUACUCUAAAGCAAGAAAAACAACAAAUGUAUAAAACACAUUUUGAAAUGCCAUUUGAUGUCUUUUAUUCUGGACAAACAUAUCAAGCAGUACCUUAUGUACAUGAAGAUCGACCAAAAUUAUCAAUAUUAUCUAAAUUAAUGUUUAACAAAUAUCUUUUAAGAGAAGUACGUGAAAUUGGUGGCGCUUAUGGAGGUGGCGCAUAUUUACGCGGAAAUUUAUUUUCAUUCUUUUCAUAUAGAGAUCCUCAUUCAGUUGAAACAUUAGAUAAAUUUAUUAAUUGUAUUAAUUUUAUUAUUAAUGGACAUUUUACUGAAAAAGAUGUUGAUGAAGCAAAAUUAGCUACAUUUCAAAAACUUGAUGCACCAAAAUCACCGGGUAACCAAGGAAUGUUAGAAUUUUUAAGUGGUAUUGAUGAUGAUAUGAGACAAAAAAAUCGUGAUCGUAUAUUUACAUGUAAAAAAAAUGAUCUAAUUGAUGUUGCUCAAAGAUAUUUGAAAGAUAAAGUCUAUUCGGCAACAAUUCUUGGACCAAAUAAUCCAAAAAUCUCAUUAGAUGGAACAUUUCGUCAAGUUAUUACCUCUCAAUUACCAGCCAUUGGUGAUUGA